GACUUUUUUCUCGAGGUUUCGUUUGGGCACAACGCAACGCAGCCCAGAAUUCAACAGCAGCAACAGCUCGCAGCGCACAACAUAUAAGUCAACAGCAACAGCAACAGCAACAGCAACAGCAACACAAAACGCUAACGCAACAAUGGGAACCUAUCUAUCGACUCCUGUGAAGGACAAGUGCGAAGAAUCGGGGGAAGCCCUGGAGAAUCUCAAGAACGGAGACCUUCCGGUGGAAUGGGGCGUAGUGGACAUGCAGGGGUGGAGAAAGUCCAUGGAGGACGCCCACACCGCGGUGACGAGUGUUCCGCUCCGUAGCAGCAGCAGCAGCGAGAGCGAUGGCGAAAGCGAGAGCGAGCACCACGCCCGGGUCUUUGGGGUCUACGACGGGCACGGGGGAGCGGAGGUCGCGCGAUUCUGCCAGCACUACUUUGUCUCGGUGCUCACCCACCAGGAGAGCUGGGCGAACGGGACCGGGCUCCCCCUGGCGGAAUCCGACGCCCGCGYCCCCCCGCCCCCGCCCCCGCCGACCAAGAGCGCCUGGGACGGCGACGGGAACGAGGAGGGCUACCGGGCCAGCCACCUUCCCGCCGCCUCGCAGACUCCCGUGGGGAGGGCCCUUCGAGAGGCCUUCCACGCAAUGGACCGCAUGAUCGACGACCCGGGCCGGAGGGCCGAGAUUGCGAUUCUCCGGACCACCAAGCCGGGGCCCGGGGUCACCAAAAUCCUGGAGAACGGAACGAACUCCAUCCCGCCGGCACCAGCGCUGGCCGAGAACCCGCCCGAUUUUUACACCCCGCCAGGGUCUUCCUCCGUUUCCACCGCCUGCGUCCUGGACCAGGCCCGAAAGGAGGUCCUGCCCGAUGGUUCCGAAAAGGAGGGAACGGUGGACGAGGAAACCGCCAAGGAGGUCGAGGCGAAGCAGAUCGACCGAUCCCUGUCCAUGGCCAUGUCCCCGGGAGACGCGGAGGCGCUCAAGGGAAUGAUCGAGGCCUUUGAGGAGAACGAGACCAACGGCGACGGCAGCGACGACCAGGAAGACGCCGAUUCUCUGGACACCAACGAAGCCGUGGGAGUAGAAGAAGCCAUUGCCCUGGAUUCCAACAUCGACGACAACGACAACGACGGCGAAGCCAACGACGACGGGGAGGGAACGUCUUCCUCCCCGGAAGGAGGACGAAACGUCACCACGAUGCUCCAGAAGAUUCUUUCCCUGGGGGGAAGCGAAGAGGAGGGCGAAAAUGGGCAAGCAGAAGCGGAGCCAGCUCCCACGCCCACCCCCACUCCCCCCGUCGAACCGGAGGAGGCGGUCACGGAUCCCGAAUACCCGGACGCGGCGGUGGUCAGCGGGGCCUCCUCCCGGAUCCCCUCGGUCCAGCACAACGGCCGGCUGGUCUGCAACCUCCCGGAUCACCCCAUCCACGCCGGUGCCACGGCGGUGGUCGCCGUUCUCACCGGCCGGAUCCUUACGGUUUCCAACGCGGGAGACUCCCGGGCCGUCCUCUGCCGCCGCAGAGCGGGCGCGAACCCCGAAGCCAACGCCGGCAGCGACUGCUACGCCUAUCCCCUGAGCUACGACCACAAGCCCUCCCAGAUGCACGAGAGAAACCGCAUCCUGCGAUCGGGCGGCUUUAUCAACCACUUUGGACGAAUCAACGGCAACCUCAACCUUUCCCGGUCCAUUGGAGACUUGAAGUACAAGCAGGUCCCCGGGAUCCCCCCCGCCCACCAGAUGAUCACGGCCGAGCCGGACAUUAUGCAGAUCGCCCUCGAUCCGUCGGUGGACGAGUUUUUUGUGCUGGGCUGCGACGGGAUCUGGGACUGCCUGACCAACCAGCAGGCCGUGGACUUUGUGGCCAAGCGCAUCGACACGAUGUCGCCGACCGAAAUCGGGAGGGAGAUGCUCGACGAGAUCAUCAGCGACGACCCCCGGGUCUCCCAGGGCAUCGGGGGGGACAACAUGACCGUGAUGAUCGUCGAUCUGCAGAGCAAGAAGCGGUCGCGGAAAAGCGCAGCGGCGCCGGAAGCACCGCAACAGGGCGAACCCCCCUCGGCGGGAGAGCCGGCGGGGGCCGAAGCGGACCAAGCACCGGAGGCCGCCACCGAGUGAGCACCCACMCACCAAAAAAACAAAAGACGACAGACACCGACACGAUAAGCACUGCCGCAGCGGCACGCACAAUCAAAAUUCAUUUGCAAA